AAAUGGAAGGACUGGGCGCGGGUGUUAAGUGACCGAUGUCAUAUAAAUAUCGCGUACUGCAGCUGAAACCCGGUUCAGUCGGCAGUUUCAACGCGUUUUAAGCGUGUGUUCCUUCGCGAAAGUGUGACCAGUGCGAGUGUUAAAGGUGAACCAGACAAAAUGUCCUCAGUGCCGAUGUAUUUCCGCGACUGGUGGGAUGACGAUCUGUUUGACAGCCCUCGUCGUACAUCGCGCUUGUUCGAUCAACAGUUCGCUACGGGCAUAUUUUCCGAGGAUCUGCAGAAGAUAGCAUCCAGCUUUCAUGCGUCGAAUUUGCGCUCAUCCCGGCUCGGCAGCUUUCGGCGUCCGUGGAGUGAGUUCGGUGGGCACAAGUUUAGCAACGGUCUGAUCAACGCCGCACCGACCACCGACCGGCUGCAGAUCAAUCUGGACGUGCAACAAUUCACACCGCAUGAGAUCACCGUUAAAACCGUCAACAAUUCGAUUGUGGUCGAGGGUAAACACGAGGAGAAGCAGGACGAUCAUGGUUUCAUCUCGCGUCACUUUGUCCGCCGUUACGUACUCCCAGACGAUCACGAUCCAAAGGACGUCAUCUCGAGUCUCUCGUCGGACGGUGUAUUGACGAUUGUGGCACCGAAGAAGGUGCUGCAUCCAGCGCCGGAAGUUAUGUACGAACGGACGGUACCGAUACAGCGCAUCGAGGAGCGUACGGUCGAAAGUGUCCGGACGACAUCGGAAAGUGUGACCAACGAGAGCAAUGGUAAAUGAACGAAACUGAGAACUCGCCCAUUUGUUUGGUUUACCGACACAGUACUAUGAGCCAAAGUGAUUAGCAAAGUAUUAACGAAGACGAUUUAUGGAAGGUUUAUGGAUGUUUUUGAGUGAAAUAAAGUGAAGAAGAUGUUUGUUUGAGCUGUAAGAAAAA